GCAGAAGCCGCAAUUUGUCUAGAGCGGUGAAGAAAGCGGUAGCUGUAGUUUAGAUGUGCAGCCCCCAGCUGCUCUCGUCGUCUCCCAGUGCGUCUCUACGCGCAUCUAUCAUUCAAUGUCUUUGCGUAUCUAUGAUAUAAAACGCGUGUGUCCUCGCCCACUCACCCACUAGCACGACCUCCGUUGUGCGCAACCUCGCAUGUGCCGUCUCCCGAACAGGCGCCUAUUCUAUCCGCCAUGGCUGGCCCGAGCCCGGGUUCGCCAGAGUAUCUCGCCGAGACGAAUGAUCCCGGUCUGGACCAGCGCGUCUGCAUCGCGUUCAUUGUGAUUGAUACGAUUUUCCUGCUGGUGUUCUACGUGAGCCGGUAUUUCAACCCCAAGGCCGUGGGAGUGCCCAUGGUGGUGUGUAAUACACUAUGCUAUGUGCUUUGUAUGGGGAGUGCGGCGACGGGAAUCCUAAUGGUUAAAAUAGGCGGUGCAGGGUACCAUGCCACUGCCGUCCCAGUGACGACCCGUGAGACCUGGCUGCAACUAUCCAAAAUCCUCGAAUUCACCUACACACCCGCUGUCAUGUUCGCCAAGCUUGCCGCUCUAUUCCUCUACUACCAAGUCUUCGAAGUCUUGAGUUACCGCCGUGUCAUCGUUGGCAUCGGUGUGAUUGUCAUCCUUCAAGGGGUGAUUUCUUUUAUCUUAGCGUUUUCGAUAUGCCGGCCCUUUAGGUACUUCUGGACCCAGGCGGUUGAUAUUCACGACGGGACUUGUGGAGACGUGAUGCUUUUUUAUAAGACCUAUAGCAUUCCGAGUCUGGUCACGGAUGUGGCGAUGCUGGUGCUCCCGUGGCCGAUUCUUCUCAAACUGCAAAUGCCUACAUCGGAAAAGAUUGGCCUUAUACUCACUUUUCUGGCUGCUUCGCUGGGCAUAAUAACAUGCGCGCUUCGCUUCUCCGUCUUCUUCACCGUCCCGCUCUUCUCGGACCCAACAUGGUACGCCUCAGGAGGUCCUAUGAUCUACGCGCUCGUCGAACCCUCCAUCUACAUGAUAGCCAGCAUACUGCCCACCACGCGACAUCUCUACCGGCGACUCUGGAGAAAAGCGCGACGAGCUGCGCAGCUACGGAAUGCGAAUAGCGACGGUAGUCUGGAGAACAGUAGCGGUCUUUCUCAAUCGGCAGAGCUCGAGCGUAUCAAGAACAGUAACACAAGUAGCCGCGGAAUCACACGACAUGUGGAUAUCUGGCAGGCAAAUACAAAUUCAAGUCAGGAGGAAUUGACGCUGGGGGAGUGGUAUCAGAAUCGGCUGGAGUGGAAUCAAUCCAGGUCGGCAGACACCUUAUCGCCGAGUGCACUAGAAGCGAAUUCUUCCACGAGCGGUGGGAUCACGAGGAAUUAGGUAUUCUAUACGAAUUCGCCAUAGCUUUGAGGAGCCAAGACGAAUACAAAACAGCUCUAAACUUCUUAGAACAGAAGAAUCACAGGGUCAUGAUUGCGGAUGCUGCCAAUCAGAAAAUCACGCACUGGAAGGACGAAGAUGUGGACGACGCAGCGAUGGUCCUUGCCGAGAAUUC